AUAGAGCGUCUCCAUGGUAGCCGGAGAGAUGCGGUCGGCAAACGCCAUAUUGGUGGUGGCAUAGAUCCGCUUACUAUUGCAUUUCAGCUGGUUAUGAUGAAAAAUAGACGGGCUUCCUAUCCGCUGCGAAAAUUAGACGCCAACAAAAGAAACAGAUGGCUCAAAGAAUUCUAAUGCAACUGGAUGCCUUAGACAAGUACUCGCAUGACAUAUUGGCAAAGCAUGCAAAGAAACGCUCUCUGGACUACCUACAUAUGUUAAACUCCCUGAAAACACCAUUCCUUGAUGAUUUUGACCUCAAUUAUUUAACUGAUGAGAAAACAGAAGGACACAACCCCUUAGAUAAUUCUCAUGGCUCAGUGAGAAAUCCCAAGGCUAACGAGUCAUUUGCUUUUGGACACUUGGAAUUCCACAAGACUGGACAGGAAGAAAUUAUACAGCAAGCAGAAAGAAAUACUGAGAAAACAAAAAAGUUAUUACAGUAUAAGUCCAGAAACAGAAGACCUUCAUGGAAAUCAGAAACUGAGUGUGUUCCAGACCUUGCUAGUUUAUGUCAGAAGGAAAAUAAGUUAUCUGUGAUAAAUCACAUUGGGUUUAAAGACAUACCUCAGCAGCAGUCUUCCAGAACUUCAACUGAACAUUCAAAUGACCCUGAAAAUUUUGAUCUGCUAGUACAACGUGAAACAGGAAAACAGGAUUUUGGGCAAUUGCAAGAUAAGAACAGGACUGAUAAAGCGAAAUACCUAAACUCAGAAUUUAAAAAUGUCAGGAGACAUCUUAUCAAAAGAAACAACUUUAUACAAUCAAAGCAAGAUAAUAUUCAGAACACUCUAACUAUCACAAAUUCAGAUAUACGUAUACUUAGAGAAAAAGAAACUGUGCCUUUGAGCCUAGAGGAUGCGAUGAAAAAAACCAAUGUUAAAAUAAUAACUGCUGGGCAAAGGAAUGAAGAAAAGCAUGUUCAGAAUGCAAGUGAAACACAUCCUGUUAUUUAUAAUAUUAGUCAUGGAAGCACUUACCUUAGCAAAUGGACCUACCUGCACAAGGAUUUUCAAAAAGACAGAAGCUAUUUAUCAAGCUGCCCAAACAAAGAGGACAACUGCGAUCUUAAAGAAGUGCAUCCUGUGCUUAGAAACAAUCUAGACUAUACAAGGAAAUUAUUGGAAAAUAAGCAAAAUGUGUUACAAAGCACAAUACUAAAGAAAAAGGAACUAAGUUUGGCAGAUAUAAAACAGAAUAUUAAGUUUUUAACUGCUGAUGGAUCAACUCAUUUUGAGGUUGCUAAUGAUAAACCAGAAUUUUUACAUGGGGGUUUGAAAAUUGAAGGAUAUGCUGAAGGUUCCAUAGUGGCAAUGAGACCAACAUCAAAAACAAUCACUAAAAUUGACAUGAAAGAAAAUCCUAAUGAAGUUGGUCCAGUCAUAAAUGGUGUGAAUCCUAGCAAAAGAGCAGACAAAGAGCCAUCUUCAAAUGUAAGAGCACAGCCUGCUUCUAAACCAUUGACUGCAAGUGGUUCAAAGCCAACAUCAUUUUCAUUGAGACCCAAAAGUGUUGGAGAAAUGCAUAAAUGGUCCUACAUAGCAAUUGCCAAACCAUUGACACCUCCACAGUGUCACCCCAAUUCUUCACCAAACAAUAAUUUUCAAUGUGUUGCUUUUUCAGAAACCACGCAUAAAUACACUGAUAGACCUGAUUCGGGGCAAAAGAUGGAACAUGCUAUCUCUCUUAAGCCUCUAACAGCAAGAUCUGUAAAGUUUGAAAGCAAAAAAGUUAGACCUUUUUCUGUUCCAUCAGAAACAUAUCUCAGACAGCCUGAACUUGGGAUGAAGAGAUCAGCUGAAAUGCAUUGUGUUUUACAGGAAAUUAAAAAAGAUAACCAAUGUCCUGAAAGCCUCCCUUUGACUUGUGCAGAAGACGUUGCUAUCACAAAUGGUGCAGAGCCUUCAGGAGAGACAACGCUUGGUGACACUGAAAAGGUCUCCACUUCUAGCACAGCCUACCCCAUUGCUUUUCCCAUAAUCAGCAUUCCAACAGCACAGACAGAUGCUACUGGUUAGGUGCAUUUCCUGCUUCACUAUAAGAAGCAUUAAACAAUUGAUGCCUCUUGUACAUGAUUGGUGAACUGAACCUCACCUUUCAUUCUUUAUCAGUUUUAUUUCUGAAAAUUGCAGUGAAGCAACCCUGGUACCUGUUAUAAAGUUAAUACUUGUUAUAUUAUUUGGAAUUACACAUUUUUUUUUCUUUUAUAUAAACUUUAGCUACAACCCUCCUGUCAACAAUAGAGAACUGUACAAAUAAAUGUAUAUUGCUAUCAAUCUUAUGUAAUCACUUUUCAACUAAAAGGUUUGUAUUUUAAUAUGAUGACAAAUCAAUAAAGAAGAUUGAAAAACCA